AGACUUUGCUUCUUUCAUCUGAAGAGAGAAAUUCUCAGCUUAUAGUCAGGUGAGGUCUGAGCUGAGGUUGAGAGAUGGCACAGGCAAUGGCGUCCAUGACCGGGCUGUCGCAGGGCGUGCAGCUGCCGGCCGGGCCCAGGCGCGCCGGCGGCAGGUCCAGGCUCGCCGUCGUCAGGGCCGACGCCGCCGCCGCCGACGUCCAGACCGGCCGCCGCGCCGUGCUCGGCCUCGUCGCCACCGGGAUCGCCGGCGGCGCCCUCGCGCAGGCGGCGCUCGCCGAGGCCGCCAAGCCCAUCAAGCUCGGCCCCCCGCCACCGCCCUCCGGUGGACUCCCUGGGACGCUGAACUCGGACCAGGCGAGGGACACGGACCUGCCGCUGAGGGAAAGGUUCUACCUGCAGCCGCUGCCGCCGGCGGAGGCGGCGGCGAGGGCGAAGGAGUCGGCCCAGGACAUCAUCAACCUCAAGCCGCUCAUCGAGAAGAAGCAGUGGCCGUUCGUCAGGGACGACCUCCGCCUCAGGGCCUCCUACCUGCGCUACGACCUCAAAACCGUCAUCAACUCCAAGCCCAAGGACGAGAAGAAGGGCCUCAAGGACCUCACCGGCAAGCUCUUCGCCACCAUUGACGGGCUUGACCAUGCAGCCAAGAUCAAGAGCCCCGAAGAGGCGGAGAAGUACUACACGUUGACCAAAUCUGCUCUUGGCGAUGUCCUCGCCAAGCUAGGCUAGGAUCGGCAUAAUGGCCAUAUGGGGUUUCGGUGUUUUUAUGUUUGUUCAUAUGGAACCGGCAAUGUACCCUCCAUGUUGAUAUUGUAUCAGCAAGCACUUACGUAUGAUUCAAUCUUGAGUUGUUGUUGACGGCUAAA